AUGAUCACCGUCAAGAAUGAUCCCGAAACGGGUUACUCCAUUGCCUCAGACGUUGCUCCACCCCGUCUUCCCUUUGACUCCAUAUUCGUGAUUGAUCUGGUCCGCUCGGGCGCUCGAGUACUCACCCACCUGGUAUACAAUCUGGUGCUUCGCCCGUUGUUGACUCUUAGUGGCAAUACCCAUACAUACAUUGAAACCAUACUGGCUACGGCCAUUAUUGAGUUUGCCCGGAGAUUUACUGCCGCCAAUGCGCUUGUGGUGUUUAUUCUGGGUGAUACCUCGAUUAACGAAUUCAUCAAUCAUUUGCCCACCACUACCAAAGGCAAGGUGACCAUUGCUCCCAUUCCUGCUGGUACAGGAAAUUCGCUUGCGUUACUGUUUGACAUUGACUCGGUGGAAGCUGCGGUGAAUCGUCUCUUCCUGUCGAGUUUCACACAGCCUUUGUAUGCUUAUCAGGCCAAGUAUAGUGGAACUUCCAGGUUAUUUUUGGUGGUCUUCUCCUGGUGCUUUCAUGCGGCGUUGGUAGCGGAUCUGGAUACCCCGGAACUACGCAAGCAUGGGCUUGUCCGCUUCCAGAUGGCUGCCCAGGCUAACUUAGCCAAACCGAACCAGUACCAAGGGAAAAUCAAUGCUGAUGGUAAAGAGAUUGAUGGUCCGUUUGCCUAUUUUGUGGCGACGCCGUCGGUAAGAUUUGAGCCAACGUUUAUCAUUUCUCCUCAAGGUGAUAUUCGCCAGAAUUCUCUCUAUGUGAUAUCAUUUCCCUCAGGUCUUGACAUCUUGGAGAUUAUGAAUCAAGUAUAUGACAAUGGGGCUCACAUUAAAAACCCUAAUGUCAAUUAUAUCAAGGUCAAAGAUACGCUUACUCUUACUCAUCGGGCUCAAUCUGAUGAUGAAAAGCGGUUCUGCAUUGAUGGAGAGAUUGUAUCUAUUGAAGAUGGCGAGGUGGUAUUGAGUGCCGUAGGCAACGAUGCUCACGGCUGGCAACUAUAUACCAUUUGA